AUGCCGGAAAGAUCGGUUCACAAACGCAGACAUCCUACACCACCUUCAACCGAUUCAGAUGCUGCUGCGCAGGCUAGCAGUCUCACAACAAAACGCCUGCGUAAAAGUAUGUCUAGGAGAAGAUCUCCCAGCAGUGAUUCUCCGGGAAAUGGAUCAACAGGGCACGCAACUGCAGGACAAACAACGCAAGGAGAAACAGUCCCAAUGCAACUAGGUCAACAAGCAUUGCAGGCCAACCUGUUGGCUCUCAACACAUCUGCCCACGGACAAGGCCAAACUGAGGCGCAAAAUGGUCACCGAACAGCAACAGGCGAAGAGACUUGCCCAGGACCAUCUCAGACAAGUACAUCCAAUCAGAGCACGAGAUUGCACGGUGGUGGAUUCAUACCGCAAAACCACAAUCAGCCCAUGCUGCUGCUAGGAGAAGCAUCGAUGACGAUGCCAGGACCGAAUCUUUCGUCGUUCAUGAAUGAGUUCGUUUUCGAGGCCUUGGAGUUGUCACCGUCCUGCUUUCCCAAAACGAAAGCAUUACAUAGAUCACCAAAGAAUAAACUACAGCUUCUCAAUGGUGUUUCAUUGCUGCCAUCUGGUUACAAUACUCAGAGUAGUACACCAGAUACGUCUGUCACAACAUCUGUGACAUCCACGUAUCCACCGAUUUUGUCAACCUAUGAGCUUGGAGGGGGUGUGCAGCAACAGCCGUCACAAGUUUCCUUGGCCUUGCCGCAAGCUUAUUCUGUUCCAACCGGAGUGUACCUGCAAGGUGGCGUUCAGCAGGCUCAUUUCACACCUCCGAACUUUAUCAGCGUUGGCCAACCACAUCCCCUCAAUCAAGCACCACAGCUGGGACAUCUAUCUCAGCAGUCCGCUUUACCUUUGCAGGCGGGCGCUUUUGCAGAAACAGCCAUCUCAUCAGCCCAGGCAGGGCCGUCGCAACACCAAACUGGCAAUCUCGCACCUCCAUUUCGCCAAAAUGCUGCCACUUACAACAAUUUCCUCGAUCCUUCUGCUGGAUACGACGCCCAGGUCAGCUAUGGCCAACAGGAACAACCAAAUAGUGCAUCAACGCAUACAGAGUCAACCCCUCACGCAGCGCCGAUAUUCUCGCCGCAUCCCCAGUCCGGUACGACUUAUGUGUGGCCCACGCUACCCGAACCACAGCAGAACCCAUUGCCACGACAACUUCCGCCCGUGCAACAAGAUCUGACUCCACAGCAGAAUACGGCAGCACAGCAGGCCCCCCAUCCACAACGGACGCCCCCACUCCAUGCCCAUUCUCACACCAACCUCCCCAUUGAUCCUCAAUUAGCCAGCUCAUCCUACCUCUGGGCCCAACUCGAAGCAACGCAACUAACCAUGGUGGGCAUCUUAACUGCUCUACUUGUUCGAACAAGGAACCUAAAUGAAGAUCGAGGUGAAGAGGCAGGAAAAGCAGGCGGGCAGGGGUUUCUGGACGGUGUGGAGGGUUUGGAUAUCGAUAUUGAUGAGGCCCAAGUGCAAGCCAUCACGAGGAAUUUGAUCAAUGUGAUGACGCUUUGGUGGUUGGUUCGAAGGGAGAGGAGAUGGCUUUAG